AUGAGUUAAUAAGUUUCUGCAGGAUAGGUUCUUUUAGAUUCUUCUAUAUUUAUGGAUAUCAACAUAUAAAAUGACAUUCCAUUCAUAAGUCUAGAAAAAAUUUUAGCAGUUUAAUUAAAUUAACUUACUUUUAGAAAUAUUACAAUACAAUAAAACACAUAUUCCUCUAUCUUAGUAAUAGAUUCUUGCAAUUAAAUAAAUAUUUCUAAGAGCUCAUUUAUUAGUAAUAGUAAUUAAAAAGGAAAAGGAGGUUCAAUCCAAGCUAUAGAUAAUUAGUUUAUUGAAAUAGAAAAUUCUCAAUUUAGUUAAAAUAAAUGCUUGUCUUUAAAUGGAGGAGCAUUGUUUAUUAGUAAUAGUGUGUUUUAAGCAUAAGUUAUUAUAAAAAAUAGUUUAUUUAACUUUAAUACGGCCAUUUAUUCAACUGGUGGAGCUAUUCAUUUGGAAAACUCAAAUUUGAAAAUGUAUAAUACUUCUAUUUUUUCUAAUGAAGCUGCUAUUGGAGGAGGAGUUUUUUAUUAAUAGAUUAUUCCAGAUUUUAUUUUAGACUUCUAAAAAGGAAUAGUUUAUAAUAAUAAAAUUAUAAAUAAUAAAGCUACCAUUUUUGGAAAAAAUUUUGGAUCGGCAUUAAGAAAAAUAAAGAUAAGUUUAGAUGACAUAAAAGUAAACAAUCAAAGCUUAAUUAUAAAAAAUAAUAGCUUAGAAGAAGUAAUAUAAUUGAAAAGUGGUAAUUAAAUAUCAUUUUAAAGAAUUUAAAUCCUUGAUGAAGAAAAUAACCCUGUUAUUAUUCCAAAUUCAAAUGAGCCAUAUUUAACUAAAUAUUGUAGCAGCGUUUAAGCAUUAAUUUAAGAAGUUGGUAUUUCAGUUGAAUGGGAUUAAAGUAGUACAGUUUUAAAACUAGUUUCUAAUACAAUUUCAGAGCUUUAAGAUUCUAAGUAGUAGGUUUAUUUUAAAUAAGGAAAACUUGAAUUAGAAAUCAAAAUAUAAUUUUUAGGAUGUUCUGUUGGAGAUAUAUUAACACAUUAAGAGAAGUCACUUAUCUGUGAAUAAUGCCCUGACGGUAAAUAUUCAUUAAAUCUUAAUGAUACAACUUGCCAACAAUGCCCAGAUUCGGCUGUUAAAUGUAUUGGUUCUAAUAUUUACUUAAGAAAUGGGUAUUGGAGAGAAAAUGAAUACACAGACAAUAUUGUUUAUUGUGAUUUUAAUCCAAAUUCAUGUUAAGCUGAAUCAAAUCUAUCAAAAAUGAACUGCAUUUAAGGUUAUAAAGGUCCUAUUUGCAAAUCUUGUGACAUUUAUGGAGAUGUUUGGGAAUAUAGAUAUUCUUAAUUAUUUGAUGAAGGAAAUUGCUACAGAUGCAGUUAAAAUGUUUUAUAUAUAGUACUUUAAAAUCUUGCCAUAUUUUUAUUUGCCUCUUGCUACAUAUUUGGAAUUUUAAAAAAAAUUAUCUCUUCAUUAUAAGCAAAACUUGCAGGAUAUUUUAUCAAUAAAGCAGAUAUAAUUUACUUGGGCACGACAUUAACUGAUAAAGAUAAAUCAUAAAUAGUUUCUAAGAUUCUAACAGAUCAUCUCUAAAUGUUAUCUUUACUUAAUACCAUUUAAAUUAGUAUCCCUUCAUUUUUUAAAGCAUCUAUUGGAUUAUCUGGAAACCCUCUUAGAGUUACAAGUAAAUCUUUUGAUUGCAUAUUUUCAUAGUUUCCAAAUUUACAGCCCUUAUGGUUUUAUCAAACAAUAUGGUCUUUUUCUUUACCAGCUACUUUAUUCAUAACUUACUUAAUAUUUGGAGUUUUAAUCUACUAUCUUUAUGUAUUUUUAUUUUUUCCCUAUGGUGAUAACAACCUUAAUCAGAUCAAUAAAUUGCUUAAAGAUUGGAAACAAAAAUUACUUAGACAUUGA